AUGACUGUUGAAGAUGAGGACACUGAGGGACAAACAAAUUCUGUUACCUGUCUUGCGUUCUCAGGCAAGCUUGUCGCAUCAGCAUCACGAGACUGCACCUUAAGAUUGUGGCCUAUCGAUGAUCCUAUGUGUCUGUACAGUAUCAAGGUACCUGGUGAUGAGAUAAACUGCAUCGAAUUCUCUCCCGACGAGAAUUUCAUCGGAGCCGCGACAAUCAACAGGACUGUUUUUAUUUGGUCAAUAGGCACUUCUAGCUCCGGCGGAUUUCGCCUCUUCAAAACCUUCAGCGCUCAUGAGGAUUAUAUCAACUCGCUUGCCUUUUCUAUUGAUGGUAGGAGACUAGCGACAGCCUCAGACGACAGAACCGUACGAAUAUGGUCUAUGAUUGAGGAUGAUUAUAACUACGAGAGCCUCAAAGCACACAAUGGAGGUGUUACCGCCGUUGCUCUUUCUUCAGCCAUUUUGGUUUCAGGGUCAGCAGAUCAAACAGUCCAGAUCUGGUGGUUUGAUGGAUCUGUGUACAAGCAUCGAUGGGGACUAAGUGCUCAUAAAGCAUCCAUUACAUCUGUGGCAAUUUCAUCGGAUUCUACUUUAGUUGCGUCUGCGUCUUGGCACGACUUCGUUCGAAUCUGUUCUGUUAAUCAUGGAACUUUUCUAUAUUGGCUCCACAUCAGAGGAGCAACUUCCCUUUCUUUCGACCUCCAUGGGCGGGUGGUUACAAAUGGCGGCAUCAUCACCCAUCAAAAGCCACGUAUGGAGAGAAAAGUUGUGCGUGUAACCAUGGACAUUGUCGAGACCACCAACAUAGAACCACAAGAGCGUCGGAGCUAUCGUGUUGGCCUCGGUGCUAGUCCAGAAUGGUUGAACUUCAAUGAGUCCCCUCUGAUAUGGGUACCUAACGAAUAUCGCGCAUUCGACAACGUUUUCGCUAUAACUGGCUCCAAUAUGGUCUGGCAGAACGAGGCUGGCCAGCUUUUGAUGUUAAAAUUCUACCUCCCAGAUCAAUAA